AAAAUUCGCAGGGACUGAGACUCUGGAAAUUGAAGACAAUAAGAGAACUCGACGACAUAUAAGGGAAUAUUCAAGGGAAGAAAUUGACUAUUAUAGUUUUUUAUUUGUGUGUCUACGUUUUAAGCCAUAAAAAUGUCUAUAAAUAUACGGUGUGCAACAACGGAUGAUCUGUUGAACAUACAACAUUGUAAUUUACAAUGUUUGCCUGAGAAUUAUCAGAUGAAGUAUUAUUUAUAUCAUGCUCUUUCUUGGCCACAAUUAAGUUACGUGGCAGAGGAUGAAAAAGGCAGGAUAGUCGGUUACGUUCUGGCCAAGAUGGAGGAGGAUUGCGAGGACAAUCCGCAUGGACAUAUUACAAGCUUGGCAGUGAAAAGGUCUCACAGAAGACUUGGUAUCGCACAGAAACUUAUGAAUCAAGCUUCCAGAGCGAUGGUCGAGUGUUUUGGAGCAAAAUAUGUUUCGCUACAUGUGCGUAGAAGCAAUCGAGCAGCUUUAAAUUUGUAUACAAGCAGUUUGCAAUUUGAGGUGUCCGAAGUUGAACCAAAAUAUUAUGCUGACGGAGAAGAUGCUUAUGCCAUGAAGCGGGAUCUCAGCAGCUUUCACAUGGAAAAGAAUGCAGCCAAAGAAAAAAUGAACAAAGAUGGUAAUACGCACACACAUAUUGGCAGAUGCUGCGAUCAUUCAUAAUAGUGACUCUGUGAAUCUACCUACAAGUAGGUUUCAAUGGAUUUCCUACAUUAUUAGCUCCGUACAUUUUGGAUCUAAAUCUGUGUCACUUGUACGUAUUUUUCAUAAACGAAUUUGUAUGAGAAAUACGUGAAGAUAUUUUAAGUCAAGCAUUUGUGGCUUGGAUGUUUGACCUGUACAUUAUCACGAACACUUCAUAAAUACUAGAGUAUGUGUAUUUAUUCAAGCCUUAUCCAAGACAUAUGAAAUGUUUUAUAUGCCACCACAAAGGGGUGUACUUGUUAAUACUUAUACUGGGAUUAUGAGAGAGACGUUUAAACUAUUGUAUGUACUUCAAUGGAAAUUGCGUGUAGUUGAUUGAUAUACCAUGUUAUUUAGGGCCCAUAAAUCUUAAUAAAGAAAGUAAGCUGAGAAGGAUUAUGAUCUUUACACUUCCUGUUUAUAUUUUCAAUUAAUCUUUAUUGAACCAUUGAACUAUAAUAUACAAAUAACGCGCUAGUAUACAAAAUUAUCACCCAAAUUUCAGCAAGCAAAUUAAAUGCAAGACGAUACCAAUUUUUUGGAUGAAAACACUUUAGCAUUCAUUUAUUUCUCAAAGUUUGUGUCUAUGUUAUUCAAAACAAGUCUAAUGCUUCUCUCUAUUUGUAAAUAUUUUACGCAUUUGAGUAUAAUUCAAUGCUUAAAAAUUAAGAUUUGACAUUGCACGAUUUUUAAAUGUUUCUGUUUCAUCGCUGUGUUGAUACAUCAUUGUAUUUAUGUAUACAUUGUAUAGGAAUAAUUAUAAUAUACAUAUGUAUGUAUAUGCUUAUGUACACGUUAAACGCUCUUAAAGUAACAAUCGAUUCAGUUCAAAGGAUACGCUAAUCCAAAUGACAAACGUUUCAGUAAUCGUUAUACAUAUAGCCUGGUCGAUCUGUUAAGUAAAGUUUACGAGCACUGAUUGCAAUAUAAUUUUACGCGACGAUACUCGAACAAUUACAGUUUUAUACGAAACUCCGACUGGUAAUUGUUACGAAUAACGAAUUCCACCGGUAAAAUUCCUUUCUAAUGCAUAACGUCAUUAAAUUGGAAAAUAUUUCAGCACGAAAGAGUUACAGGUACAAUGUACAAACGGUAAAUUAAAGAAAACGUUACGGAACGAUAAAAUUUCUUACACGUGCGAUCGACAAUGCAUAUCAAUAUCUUACGUUUAAACAAUAUAAAAGGAAAUUGUUUGCUUAAUAUUAUGUCACGAUUAUCGGAAUAUGUUUCAACGAGAAUUGUAAGCACCUAUUAGUAUCGACUAUGUAUAAAUUCUAAAUAUACAGUAACUCUAACUGCCUUAAUGCUUCUUAUCUUACAAAAACAUUUCGCUAAUAAAUUAUAAUACAAGUCUCGUAAACGAGGUUUCGUGUUCACGCGAUAUGCUCGAUUAUAUACUCUAAAAAAUAAACUAUAAGCUAUUAUGGUAAAUACUCUAAAUAUGGACGAUCGUCUGAAAGUGUUUCAAACAUUCGGCCUUCUGGUUUCAGCGAUCCUCCGGUAUUCUCCUUGAAAAAAAAGGAGAUAAAAAGGCUGCGUCUCGAAAGGCGAAAAAGUAAAUACUUCGAAAGAUAUACCGAUAUUAAAGCUGCGUUACAAAUGUGCGGUUGUCGAUUACCCCUUAAGAUAUAAAGGCAGCGUAUUAACAAUCAAAUUCAUUACCUAUGCAAGCGAAAAGAGAUACAGUGACUGUCGCUUAAAAUCGUACACAUGGCGGUUCAGCCGACAUUUUUUCAAUGCAACAUGAAAAUUGUACUGAGCCAUUGAAACUCGUAUGGAGCGUAAUGGUUUUUUAUUUGAUAUAUGACAAUACAAAAAAAACCUUUAGUAGUACUCGGUAAAUUAAAUUGAAUUUGAGAUACCUCCAUACGAGUUUCAAUAACUUAGUAAAAUUUUACCGCCAGGUGUAUGAUUUUAAGCGACUGUAUGUGUAUUUUUGACAGAAAUUUAAGUCCUUCCGAUCAUGAAAGUUUCGAAUACGUCGUGAAAGAAACUAACGUCUACAGUAGAUAACUAUUGAAUCGAAUGUACGAGAACGCAUAUCGUUUUUUAGUUACCGUUUUCGUCGCGCUUGUAAGGAGAGCGCCGUGCGAUCGAAUUAUCAUUGGAACGAUUGUAAACAACGUACAAAUCGAACGCAUAAUUUUUCGCAAUCCUCGGUGUGCGUUUGUAAUUGAUUGAAUACAUUUGGAAGAGCUGUAAAAAGGUCUAGCACGAAAAAGUCGUACCUCGGCAAUAAAAAUUCUAUAAAAAUUCGUUUCAAAAUCGGCCUGUAAAAAGACAGAUUUCCGUUGUACGUAGUCAAACCUUUGUGUAAAUAUUAAUAUUACGAAUGUCGGUUUGAAAAUUUUCUUCCCGUAAUAGCUCUUUUCACCGAUAAUUUUUUAGGCUAGUACAGUGAAAACUCGAUAAAUGUCGCUACUCCGGGUCCGGUCAGCAACACUUACGGAAUAGGAGAAUCGUCUUUCGAAUUUGAUUGUAGUUUGCCGACGCUUCGAACGUAG